AUGUUAUUUAUCAAAGUUCCAUCUUUUCAGACAUCAGAGAUCUCACACGGGAGGAGAAGCCAUAUUCCUGUCCUGAGUGCGGGAAAUGUUUUUCAGAGAAGUACAGUCUUUACACACAUCAGAGAUCUCACACGGGGGAGAAGCCAUAUCCUUGUCCUGAGUGCGGGAAAUGUUUUUCACAGAAUUCCAGUCUGCACAAACAUAAGAGAUCACACACAGGGGAGAAGCCAUAUUCCUGUCCUGUGUGCGGGAAAUGUUUUUCGGAGCAUUCCAGUUUGUACAAAACAUCAGAGAACUCACACACGGGGGAGAAGCCAUAUUCCUGUCCUGAGUGUGGGAAAUGUUUUUCAGAGAAGUCCAUUCUACAAAAACAUCAAAGAUUUCACACAGGGGAGAAGCCGUAUUCCUGUCCUGAGUGUGGGAAAUGUUUUUCAAAGUCAUCAAAUCUUUACACACAUCAAAGAUCUCACACUGGGGAGAAGCUGUAUUCCUGUUCUGAGUGCGGGAAAUGUUUUAUAG